GCUGGCUAACGAAGUUUCUCUCAGAUAUUCGAGGCAGGUGUAUGGUGCCGACGGCUGGGCGCUGGCUGACAAGAUCUGGCAGGAGACCAUGGCCGAGUUGUCAUUCGCAAGCAUUGAGGAGCUACUCGACUCGAUGAACUAGACAGAUCAAGAGAUGCGGCUUCUAUGUCUGACGAUAGCUUCAUUCUCAUUUCCCGUAACGAUGCAUGAUUCAGACCGGUGUGUUGGGUUGCUUGGGUUUGAGGAGAUGCUUCAAGGACCUCCUGGAUCCACCACACGCUGGACCGGUCCAACAGUCGACAUGUCCCGACUCCCUGAAACACCGAAAUCGAUUCUCCACCACCGUUCAAAUUUUCACCCUCAGCGCGGUAGCCAGCAACUCAGUUGGAUUAGCCUCGCCCGGCUAGCUCAAUCGGUAGAGCGUGAGACUCUUAUGCAAGAGACAAUGUCAUGCAGAGGGUUCAUCUCAAGGUUGUGGGUUCGACCCCCACGUCGGGCUCAAUUCCCGUCGACCAUUGAAUUGUAUCUUUUUCCUUCCUCUUCAAUCUUUUGCAUUUCAUGCAGGAGGCUGUCUGGCCUCGCGGAGUUGGGCUGACCAUGUUUGUGCUGAGACAAGCACCCUUUUUUUUCUUACUUUUUUUUUUUUGGUU